AGAAUGGGACUCAGGUUGGUGGAUAAGCAAGGGCAGCAGUGCCAGCGGAUGGUGAUCUUUGGCGCAGUCUUCCUCCUGAUGACCCUCUUCAUCCUCUACAGCUCUAACAGUGGGAAUGAUCUAUAUGUGCCCUUUAAAUCAGUGAACAUUCACCAUCACAACCAAAACACGAACCUCAAGAAGUGGGCAGGCAAGGAGGGUUAUGUCCCUGUUUAUGGCAACAAGAGUAUGACCUUGCACUGUGGACGGUGUGCAUUAGUAACCAGCUCCAGUCAUGUGUUGGGCAGUGGGGCUGGAGAGGAGAUUGAUCAGACAGAAUGUGUCAUCCGUAUGAAUGAUGCUCCGACCUCUGGCUUUGAGUCUGACGUAGGGAACAGAACCAGCCUGCGUGUGGUGGCCCAUUCCAGUGUGUUCUGGGUGGUACGCAAACCCGCUGAAUUCUUCAACCGUUCCUCUGGUCUGACAAUCAUCUUUUGGGGACCACCCAACAAGAUUGGGCGUGAUGCUAAAGGGACGUUAUAUCGGCUCAUCCAGAGAGUUAGUAGGACCUACAGCAACAUCUCCAUAUUCACCAUCACACCAAGCAAGAUGCACAAGUUUGAUUCACUCUUCCAGAGAGAGACUGGCAGGGACAGACAGAAGUCUCAGUCGUGGCUGAGCACAGGCUGGUUCACAGUGGUGAUCGCCAUAGAGAUCUGUGACAACAUCAAGGUAUAUGGGAUGGUACCACCCAAUUACUGUGGGAAGAGGCCUCAGCCCAAACGGAUGCCCUAUCAUUACUACAAACCCCGCGGUUCAGAUGAGUGUGUCACCUACCUGCAGAACGAGAAGGGUCGCCGUGGAAACCAUCAUCGCUUCAUCACCGAGAAACACGUGUUUUCACGCUGGGCCAAGCUCUACAACAUCACCUUCACUCAUCCUUCUUGGUGA